GCGUCGCCUCGCGGAUGGACGCCGCCCUGCCGCCCCUCUACCGCCUGGCGCUGCCCAGGGACCUCGUGGCCGAGGACGCCCUUCCUGCCAGAGAUCCCGUGCCUGAGCUGAGAACCGACGACCUGCUGCGUCUCCAGGCGUUGCUGCGACAGCUGCCCAGCCUCUACCCGGUCGCGAUGGGCGCCGCCCCCGCCCCGCCUCCUCCUCCUCCUCCGCCGAGUUCAUCGGGUCGCCCUCCAAACGCCAGGUCAGUCGGUCGCGGGGGACAGCUGGCCCUUGCAGAGCGUUAA